UUCACCUGUUAUCUUUUAUGCAUUAACUCGGUCGUUGGUCGUCGUGAAAGUCGGAUAUAAUUAAAGUCUAUCAAUAACAUACAUUAUGUGUAAAUGUAGUAGUAGAGUGCGUGUAUAUGGUUUUAUUCAGCGUUGCGUCAAGGCAUUAUAGAUCUACGGAAUAUGUCCAGCAAGGAAACAUUGCUUAAAGUGGGCGACCAAACCACUAAGCCAACAUGGCGCCAUUUUCUUAUUCUGCCUUCAUUGUUCACUCUGUUCGUUGGAUCGCAAAUAUAUACGUACGUGUUGAACGAGUGGACACAGGCGAGAAUGAAAGAGCAGUACUUUCCAAACAGCUCCCUGGACGCCAACGUUAGCGCAUGCGGCAACAGUGAUAAAACGUCAUUGGAAUACCAGCAAUACAAACAGGUGCAACAACAGUCUGCAAACUGGUUAAUCUUUUACAACCUGGGCGAGAGCGUACCAAUGGCGUUCAUGAAUAUCGUUAUCACCGCAUACACAGACUCGUUUGGAAGAAAGUUUCUUAUUCUAUUGACAAUAUUCGGCACGUUUUUCAAAUCAGGUAUGAUUUCACUGAUUGUGACCUUUGACUGGUCGCCAGUGUGGGUGGUGGUGGCAAACAUAGUUUUAGGGUGUACCGGUGGAGCAUUCGGGCUUUUUUCGGCCGUGUUCGCGUUUGUUGCAGACAUGACAUACACGGAUGAACACAGAAUAAUUGGGAUUGUAGUAAUCGAGUGCGUGGUCAUGGGUUCCGCUAUAGUAGCACCUUAUUUAUCCGGGUAUUUUGUGGAAACAUUGGGACUGGGCUUUUCCAAAACGUCUUUCAUAUGCGUCGGUAUGUGUUUCUUCAGUUUCUUGCUUUUACUGAUAAUUCCAGAGAGUAUUGCUAAACACAAUCGGCAAAAAGCACGAUCAAUCUUCCAGAAUAUCAAGCGAGUUACCGAUUUCUACGUCAGCAAAGAGAUGAAAGGACAGCGAGCAAGGUACAUUCUGCUAAUGCUUUCUUUCUGGUUCGCAACAGUUACAGCAAUGAGUAGGACCAGCAUUGAAACGCUGUACUUUCUGGGACAGCCGUUCUGCUGGGGGCCCUCAAAGAUCGGAUUGUUUAUGACAGCAAGGCAUGCCGCGCAAAGCAUCAUCGGUCUGGGCGCUCUGCCGCUGCUGCAGAUCUGUCUCUCCAACCAAGUGAUCGCAAUAAUAAGCACCGUGUCUCUAACAAUUUCAUACAUCAUUGAGGGUCUGGCGCAGAGCACGUUGGUAAUCUACUUCGUACCAAUUUUAGGUGUGUUCUCUUUUCUUAUGAUACCGAUGAUACGCGGCAUGAUGUCCAAUAUUACUCCAGCGGACAAGCAAGGGGCUAUGUUCGCAGGCGUGGCCGUGUUCGAAGUAAUUAGCAGCCUCGUGGGCUCUAUCGCUUUCAAUGGCGUUUACUCGCAGACCAUGACCUUCAUGAACGGGUUCGUGUUUUUAAGCAUGGCAUUCCUGAGCAUGGUAGACACGGUCAUGUUACUGGUGUACAAUUGCAUCAAGCCGAAACCCAAUGCAAUCAGUGUUGCACACGUUAAUCAAGAGACGUACUCAGAGGACAAUGUUUAAUAACAAUGUUACAGACAUAGAGUCAAUAUGCUCAGUGAUAUUUAUAUACAGAUAAAUCUUUUAUUUUGUCAUUAUUGUUAAACCAACUAUCCAUUUGUACUGUUUGCAAUAUUGGGACUUAUAUAAUUUCCUACAAGUAAUAUUAUGUUAUAACAGUGUAAUCAUUGUACGUUUUAAACAACGGUCGUUUGUAUUUUUCGGAAGUUUAAAGGGUGUACUCUACUGACUUUGUUUUCUCAAUUUUUUCAUUACUUUUUAGUCGAAAAAUUACAAAUAAAACUACAUUAAUACAAACAAACAAAUAAACAACAAAUUCUUA